GUUUCUCUCUUUCUCUUUCCGAUCCAUCUUUUCUUCAACUUCUUUCUCCCAAUCGAUGACUUCUCGCCUGACGACUCUGUAUUAGGGUUUUGAUUUCUCGAAGGAAGUACUAUCAUAAUAAUGAAGAGUGUGGUUUUAUUGACGGUUUGUAAUUAUUGUUGCUUUUGGAGAAUGUGUUCGGGUUUGAUUCUGAAGAAUUCUGAUUUUGUGGAUUUAGGGAAUGUUUUGAUUGUUAAACAGUCCGGAAAUAUUUGACUGGGUUUUUUCAGGAUGCUAGAUCGGAAUUGAGGAAGUUUUUAGGUAAUUUCUAUGAUACGAGUAGAACUUGGAAGUGAAUUGAAUCAGGGUCAUGGUUGUAUGGAUUUGGGCAAAAAAUUAUUUGAGGAAAGAGAUGGAAUAAUUGUUGUGGAAUCGGUUGGGUGUCUUCCGCUUCAUUGCUGAUUCUCGUUGGCAAAAUCUUUGUUGAUUAGAACAAGAAGUUGCAGCUGACAGGGUGCUCCAUUAAUAUAUAGAUGUGUUGUUUAUUUAUGAACAAGUUGUUUAUUCUUCUCUAUAUUCUUGGUCUCAUCUUCAGUGGCCUUCCUUCCAGUCAUGGAGACAUGAUUGAUAGCAAAGUUUUGAAUGUUGGCAAGGAGCUAUGGAAGGAAACUCUACAACUACAAAUGGGUUCUUGCCUUUAUCAAUUGCAAGGGCUCAAACCAUAUACGUGGUAUGAAGUGAAGAUAUCAUAUCCAGCUUCUAUACCUGCCAGCUUUUCUAUACAACUGAAGAGAGGCAAUUCAGAUUUGGGGCUGAACCGGAAGAGGAGAUUACUUAAUACUGAAAAGUUAAUUUUCAAAACUGAUAAUCUUGACUUAUUUAGCAUUCAGGAUGGAAUGUAUGUUCUGGUCACUGUGGAGCCUGCUGGAGUUGUGGCAAUACCACACACAAGGGAGAGGGAACUGGUCAUUUUCAAUAUAGUUUGUGAUGAGUUACUGCUAGGCAUACCGCACAAAGCUUGGUGGGUUGGAUUCUUAAUAUUGCUUUGUUUGGGAUUGGCAUUAAUCAUUCCACACUUUCUUCCACCAUAUCUGCUUCAGAAGAAUCACGGUCCACAGUCGGCUAAUCAGCAGCUUACACGAAUCUCAUCAUCUUCUUGCUUCUGGCCGCUCUAAUUGAUCUCCUAUCCUGAUCUUCACUUAUUCAAGUUUUACGGUCCAACCCCAUUGUUAGAUUAGGCAAUUUAAGGCAAAUUUUUUCGGAUUGCUCCAAUGGCUUCUGAAACUAGUUGAAUAGAUAAUUCCAUGUAAUUUUGUAGGAUUAGAGUGCAAUUUGAAGCACACUGUUUUGUGGUUUCUCAGAUUAAAAUCUGCUUGUUUUGUAAGAUAGUCUAAUAUUUACAUAGCCCAUAACUAUUUCCUUGAGCCCA